CUUGAUUUUCUUAGGGUACAAAAAUGAUUGAAGGUAUAAUCAUCAAUAAUAAAAGGGAAUCGAGCAAGAUGCUCAACUUGAGUGUCGAUGCCUUCUCAAAAAUGAAAAAGUUGAGAUUGCUCAAAGUGCUUUGCCUAUCAAAUUGUGAUGAUCUCAAAUUUCUUUCUAAUGAGCUACGGCUUUUAGAUUGGAAAGGAUACCCUUUAAGAUCGUUGCCUUCAAGCUUCCAACCGGACAACCUUGUUGCACUUCUGUUACCAUAUAGUCGCAUUCAACAACUAUGGAAGGGAAAUAGACCCUUGUGUAAGUUGAAAAUCAUGAACCUGGAAGGGUCCCAAAACCUGAUCAAGACACCAGACUUCACAACGGCAUCAAAUCUUGAAGUUCUAAUAUUGAAAGGUUGUACCAAAUUAGUGGAUGUUCAUCCAUCAAUCGCAGUACUUAAGAGCCUUAAAGUUUUGAAUUUAAGAGAUUGCAAAAGUCUUAGGAGUCUUCCGACCAUAAUUGGAAUGGAAUCUCUUGAAACAUUAAUUCUUUCCGGUUGCUCAAGUCUUGUAAGGUUUCCGGAGAUUGAUGGGAAAAUGGAACGUCUAAAAACUCUAGAUCUUUCCGGUUGUUUUAGAGUUGAAAAUCUAUCGGAGAAUUUGCAGCAUGCAGAGUUUUUGGAAGAGCUCGACUUGAGUGAAACAACUAUAACAAAACUACCAUCCUUCAUUUUUUAA